UAGUGGCUUUAAAUCCACAAUUAGAGCGAGAAGCUCUCCCUUUUCUCUACUUGCAAUCAACUUUCCCUAUGCCAAUGAACAGUACACCCACCUCUACAGACCCAAAUCUUCUCUCGCCGGAACCUCCUGAUCCAAAUCCACGGAAAACAUCGUCCUUUAAAUCGAAACUCCUCGCCUCGGAAUGGGUAUCAGACUUACCAAUGGAGGAUAGCUCUGAAUCAAAUGGCAGUGACAGUUGCGAGGAUCCCAUCCAUGAGGGAGUUGAAAUGUUAAAUGCUGGAAUCAAAAUCAUCAAUCUUUCCAAUGAAGAUAUGGCCAGACUUUGCUCUCCAUGGACGAAUUCCUUGAUUAUAAAAUUAUUGGGAAAGAACGUCACUCACCAAUAUCUUUGAGAAAAAUUGGUGUCAUUAUGGAAGGUCCCGGAUGUUUUUCCACCGAUUGAUCUUGGAUUGGGUUUCUACAUUGCGAAGUUUACUCAACCUCACAAUGUCUCCCAAUUUCUACAAAAUAGUCCUUGGUUUAUCAAUGGCCGCUAUCUAUUAUCAAGAACUGGGAACCUAACUUUAUGCCGCAGAACGAGAAGGUCGCUUAUUCAACCGUCUGGAACCGAGUUCUAUGACGCCAUACUACUGAAAAAGAUUGGGAACGCCAUCGGCAAGUUAUUAAAAGUUGAUGCUUGCACAAACGCAACUCUUCAUAGUCGCUAUACGAGGCUUUAUGUAUAAAUUUUAAUGGAUGAUCCAGUACUCAAUACUAUCCAAAUUGGCAGCCACAUGCAAGAAAUCCUUUAUGAGAAAGAAGGAUACCUAUGUACCAGUUGUGGUCGUUUUGGCCAUGUCCACAAAGAUUGCUCCCACCGGCAACACCCUCCACCAGUAGAUGCAUCUUCCUCAACCCCUAGUGAUAUCCCUAACGUUCCUCAUCCUCCACAACAAAAAUGGCAAACAGUUUUUUCGGCUAGAAGGAAAAAUCGUACACAAGGGAAAUCAAGCACACCCGAUUUGGAAACACAAUCCAAUACUCCAAUACACAAGGAUACAGUUAAGGUACAUUCUCAAUCUGCUCCAACUAAUCCAAUUCCAGUUAAUGUUGAGGAAAAUGGGGAAUCCAGUGGUGCAACAUAACUUCCGAGAAGAAAACAUAGUAGCUGACUGUUUAGCAAAACUAGGUGUCAACUUAAAUCUGCCUGGAACUGUAAUUUCUCUCCGUUCUCCGCCUCUUGCUGUUGCUACUCAUCUGGCCGACGACGUUGAGGGCAUUGUUAGUACUCGUAAUCUGUUAUAUGUAGAAAAUCCGUCCGUAUCUUCAUAUGUAAAUAGUGAUGCUAAGCCUACUAGUAUUAAUGUUUCUGGUUGUACCUCUGCUACUGUAAGGGCCUUUGAUGAGAGUACCCCUUUGCUCUGUACUGCUUAAGUUAUAUAUAAUAGGUUCUUUUUUCACCAAAAAAAAGUCCGGGUGUACAGAUCAAACCGUCAAACCAAACCGAAGAACGAAACCAAACCAAGAAAAAAAAUCGACUUAUGGUUUGGUUUGGCGUUUGAAAAAAAAAAAU